CCCGGCCACACUCACCCAUCUCAGUUGAUUGAACUUGCGCAGCGACACUGAGUAUUCUUGCCCAAGUGACUACCCUCACCUUGCGGAUACGCCCUCCCCCCUGAUCCUCCCUCGUCCUCUCUAUCUUCGAGCCCCGGAGACAACAAACGCGCCGCUUCACCACUCCCCGUCAGAGCGCGCGUCAACACUCUCCGUUCUCCACACAGAUGUCCGCACCACGGGAUUCCAGAGGCUCGAAUCACAUCGGCCUGCCUUUGCGCAUGCCCACAGGACAAGAAUAAUCUUUGGCUCGACAGUCGACUUGUAUAAUGUCUUCCUCUAUGCUAAGUAGCCGGCCUCGAACCGAGCGCCGGUCGUCGAGGGUACCGGGUGGGUUUGAUCCAGAAGAGGAGGACGACGUGGCAUCCCUAGGAAGCGACCACAAUGAUUUGCUCGUCCAAGAGCAUGAUUCAUCUGCAUUUGGGGCCGGUCCCAGAGACCCCAGUAGUCUACUGCAGCCCGUCGAAGAAAAUACCAAUCUCGAGUUGCCUGCUAACAUGACACUGGACGAAAGUGAAAUGAACAAGAAGUUAUUGGAUGUUGAGUCCAGCUUCCUGCCCGAACACUCCGACUUGGUGGAAAAGACUUCGACAACUACUGGUGCAGACGAUACGCACUUGUUCGGCGUUGUCAAUGACAAUGUCGCCGUGCGCAAGAAGCCGCACCCAAUCCAGAUUUCCUACCCUUCCGAUGACACAGAAAACCAUGUGGCUGGACGACUCUCCCAGUCACCUCGCACACCACCUGGCGCUUAUAAGACUCCUGCACCGGAACGACAUGAGUUCCGCCACACUGUUGAAAGCGACGGCUCCACUCGUCAAAUGCCGAGCACAUCCAUGCUGGAGAGCAUGUCCUCUUCGCCAACCGCCGCUGCCGCUGCCCGAACCCUUUCACGAGUCCAGUCUCUGGCGACCAUGGGCGGAUACGAGACAGCCAAUGAAACAGAAGACCAGGACAGGCCUGAGAGGCGGUCUCGGAGUGUCCAAGACGAUGCUGAAGCUACACCUCGAAAGAACGAGAACCGAUAUUUGGGCUUGCCACACAGCGCUGACGGACAGCAAGAAGGCUCAGAAGGCGCGUCCAAGCAAGGGACAAGGCGACCAGGAUACCUACACAAGAGAUCUUCCCAGGCACGCCUAUCCUACGAUUCUAUGGCGAGUUCGAAUACGGACGCUAGCGACGUCACCGUAGGUGCGGACUUUGCGCUGCAAUCAGGAGGGGCUCUGCCCGAUUCGAGCGCGCAGCGCAAAGCCAGGGCCACGAUUUCCAGACAGGCUAGCUUAGGGAGCAUGAUGUCUGGGAUAUCAGGUAUCAGCGAUGAUGAGCCUCGGUCGCAGAGACAGGCUGGGGCAACUGACCUGACGACAUUGGAAGAAGAGAGCCCCAACUCUAACAAGGCGGGCGGAUACUCCACUCCUCGCGCGUCGGUGUUCAACUUCAACAUGCCCACCGAUGCAGUCAUUUCCAACAACGCCAGAGAUCUGGAAGUCCCAGGCACUUUUGCUCGUCAGUACCGGCAAGAGCGGAGCAUGUCACCGGAAAAGAGCAACACGAUCAUAGGGAUGACACCAGGACCUAAGCGAGGCCUGACUUUGAAAGAGCACAGAAGCACUGUGGAAAAGUUGGGCAAAGAGAACUUCGACUUGAAGAUGAAAAUCCAUUUCUUGGACCAAGCGCUGCAGAAAAGGUCCGAGGACGGCAUCAAGGAGAUGAUUACGGAAAAUGUACAAUUAAAGUCCGACCGCUUGAGGUUGGAAAAGGAUAAUCAUAAUUUACGAAAGCAGGUUCGAGAUUUACAAAAGAAGCUCGAGGAGACCGGGGCUCGCGACUCGCCAAAUGCUGACCAAGGAUAUGCCACCGACGAGGAAAGGAGUCCGACUACCGAGGAAGAAGUCAUCUAUCUCCGAGAAAGGGUCGAAAUCAGUGAGAUAGAGAUAGACAAGCUCCGUCAAGAGAAUCUCGCCAAAGAAACGGAGAAGCGAAAGCUCGCCGAAAUGGUCAAGUCCCUGGGUGACACUCGUGCUGCGGCUUCCGAUGUCGGCUCAAGGGAAGAGCGCGAUAUGUGGAAGGAUAUGCUUGAAGCAGAGACCAUUGCGCGUGAGCAGUCCGAAGAAGAGAACAAGCGUCUUCGGGAAGAGGUCUCAAAGCUAAGAAGUGAGACAUUCGUGUCCGGCAAACCGAACUCACGCAAGAUCAAGAUCGGAGGCUCGGUUGUUUCGAGGUCUAGUAGUGUCGAAGCAGCAAAUGCCAAAGACGCGGAGAUUGAGAGAUUGAGACAUGAGGUUUCGGAACUACAGAAGAUGAUUGGCGCCCAAGCUUCCACAUUGACGUCUCGGAACAAGGAAAAGGAGCGGCUGUACCAGGAAAUCGAAGAUUUGAAACUCGGUCGCAUGGGUGGUCUUCGAUCUGUGGCAGGCGACAGUAUUCUCGAUCGCUCGGCGUCCAGAGCAAGGUCCCAUUCCCGAGCAAGCAACGGAACGAGAUUAUCCCGGAUGAGCGACCAAGAGCGCGAAGCUCUUGAGACUAGGAUCAACGAGCUUCGCGACGAAGUGUCACAGUUGAAACUCGAAAACCAGAACCUCCAGAACCAGUUUGACGAGGCACUUGCAGAGCUUGAUGCUGUCGAUGCCCAGGCGCAAGCCGACGCGGAUCAAUUCAACGAAGAGCUUCUCUUGCUGACUCAGGAACGCGACAAUGCCUUGCGUGACGCAGAGGAACAAGAUCAUGCCUUCCAGCAAUUGAAAAGUGAGGCCCAGGAGGAAAUCGACGGUCUGGGAGAUGAGCUAGAUGCUAAGGUAGAGGAAUGCGUUAAGCUUGAAGGAGAACUCAAAGCUCAGGUCGAGAACGUCAAAGCAUUGCAGGCAGAGAUGCGAUCUGCCGCGGAAGGUCUUGUCCGUCUCGAGGAGGAUGCGCAGCAAAAUCUGGCACGGUACCAGUCUGUCAAAGCCGAGCUUGACGACGCGAAUCGCGAGCUUGAGAGUCUCGAGAAGACUCUCGCCGAGGCUGAAAGCAAGGUGCAAAGAUUGACGGUGCAGCAGGAGAGCAGUCAUAAUGAGAUUGCAUUUCUCCGCGAAGAGCAAGACGCCGACAAGAUCAAGAUUGGCGAUCUAGAAUCCCUUCUCAAGAAAGUCCACCUUAACUUGGAAUCCGAACGGGAUAAGAGCAGAGAACUCGAACGGCGGAUCAACGAGGAACGGGCACAAAGAGAUGCUGUUGCCAGUCAAGAGAAGCAAGAGGUUCAGAGAGUCAUCAACGAUCUCAAUCGGGAAGCUUCUGGUGCGAAGGACGAACUCCGGAAAGUCCGCAAAGCACUCUCGGCUCGCGACAUUGAGGCCAAGUCGUACCAAGAGCGGUUGUCUGAGUUGGAGGAGAGUCUACGAAAUAUCAUUGGAGACCCGAACAGCUCCAGAUCGAGCUUGAUUAGUGCAGUCACCAAGAUGCGCCGCGAGCUAGAUCAGACGACAGUUGAUCUUGAAUCUGUUCGAAGGCGACUUGAUCAAACAGAAAAUCUGCUAGCUGAUCGUGAUGCCUUGCUGGAGUCGACGAGCCACGAAUGCAGAAAAUUGGCAGACGCUUAUGAGCGAGAGAAGGCAGGAAGACGACAAGAUAAGUUGGACUUUGAAAAGACUAAUAAGGGUCAUAACUCGACCACCAGGGCGCUCACGUCGGCAUCCACCAGAAUUGCCGAGCUUGAAGGACUUCGUCAGACUGACAGAAAGAGGAUGGCACAGAUGGAGACCCAACUCAAAGAACAAUUAUCGGAGAGGAACCAGGUGUUGCUCAACCUCUGGAAAAGGCUUUCUGCCAUGUGCGGACCAGAUUGGGCACACAACAACAGCUUGAUUAAUGGCAAUCUUCCUUCUCAAGAAGUGAUUGGUAACAUGCUCUUCUGGCCUGGGUUUAGCCGGAAUCUGCUGUUGGCUGCGAAACAGGUCGAGGGGACUCUGUCCACUUUCAAAGACAAGAUCAAACGUGUUGAACGAGAGCUAUAUAAGGAGUACCAAGCUCUGGAACAGACUCUCGAAGUACGGACGCGCAAGCUUGAACGCAUCGAAGAGAGUUGGGAGCAGAUGAAAAUCAAGAUGUCGGAGAUGGAAAGUCGCAUUGAUACCGGGGCUCGAACGCCGAAAUCCAGCAGAACUCCUGAGAUCAGCAAGCUGAAGGGUGAAAACCGGUUACUAAAGGCCGAACUCCAGCUUCUCCAACAGCAGCAGGCACACCACAAUCUGCACCAUCGACGGGACAGGAACGAGAGCCGGGCAUCUGGAUAUUCAAGCAUCAUGUCAAAUGAAGGACCAGGUCAGGUUGAUGGUGCCGUGAAUGGAGCUGUGGGGGUUCCAGCGCGUUCAUCGAGCAUGAGGCGCACCCGAACCAUGGAGCUACAGCGACAUCACUCCACAGGCAUUGUGGAGCAUCUCGCUAGCAUGGGCGGCGACGUGAACUCGUUGCGGUCGAACUCGAUCUCUAGUCGCCAUUCAGGCUAUACACAGGGCGGCGAACGAGACCGGGGUGGCCUGAUGAUUCCGGCGGGGCCCUUUAACGCCCCGGCCGACGGAAAGUUCUCCCUCCCACCUCCCCCACGAGAAGCCCCCCCUGCACCACCGAGCACGGCGUCAGGUUCAGACAUUGCGAGUAUCACCGCGGGAAGCGGGGGCGGCGGUCAGGGACAGGAGAAAUGGAUCCAUCGCCUGCGAGAACUGGAGAGGAGGUUGAAAGCCGAGCGGGAGGCCAGGCUGCUUGACCGAAGCGGCGCCAGGAAGAGACUGGAGGAGAGAGAUGCGGUGAACGAAGAGUUGCGACGAGAACUCGAGCGAGAGAGGGUCCGGAAGAUCAGUGGCGAAGCCGGUUUUGAUGCAGGUCAUGCGAUCUCGCCGCCUCCCCUGACAUUACCGCCGCCACCCCCUGGUGCCGACAUGGAGCAUAUGCAAGAAGCGGCAGGUGGGGAUUUCGAUGUGCACGUUGCGCACGGUAUUGGAGGAGCGAGGAAGCGCUAGGUUCGCGUCAUGGGCAUCGGAUUGAAACUGACGCAGUCCUGGCAUCAACCCAAGGCGCGAGGCACGGUCAAAUGUAAUCCUACCGAGUGAGGCAGAGGGAGGGAAGAGACGAACCUUGCAUAUCUGGAGCCCAGCGAGGUUGUGUUUUUUUCUUGUUUUCAGGCUAUCCUUGUAUCAUUAUAGUUCGGGGUCAGUAUCAGUAUCACUAUAGCGCAGGCAGAUGGCUGCGGGCGACUAUUACCGGUGGGCCAAUUGGAUGAAUAAAACGGGUUUCUCGUU